CUUUCGUACACAUCACUAUUGAGUAUUCUGUUUUUGACAUUUAAAAAUGUCAAUCCUUCUUUCUUUCGUUCAUUGACAUUUCAAGCGUUAGGUUAUCGCACGCAAGAUGUCGUCUAAAGUAUCGCGUGAUACACUCUACGAGUGUGUCAAUGCAGUUCUCCAGUCUUCAAAAGACAAGAAACGCAACUUUUUGGAGACUGUCGAGCUCCAAAUUGGUCUGAAGAACUAUGACCCUCAGAAGGAUAAGCGUUUCUCCGGCACCGUCAAAUUGAAGUACAUACCCCGUCCCAAGAUGCAGGUUUGUGUUUUGGGAGACCAACAGCACUGUGAUGAAGCCAAACAGUUAGAAGUACCAUGCAUGGAUGCAGAGGCUCUUAAGAAACUCAACAAGAACAAGAAGCUUGUCAAGAAACUGGCUAAGAAGUAUGAUGCUUUCCUGGCCUCUGAAUCCCUCAUCAAACAGAUUCCUCGUUUGUUGGGACCUGGUCUGAACAAGGCUGGCAAGUUCCCUGGUCUCCUAUCCCAUCAAGAGUCCAUGACACAGAAGAUUGAUGAGGUCAAAGCAACAAUCAAGUUCCAAAUGAAGAAGGUGCUGUGUUUGUCUGUAGCCGUAGGCCAUGUGGAUAUGACUCCUGAUGAACUGGCUCAAAACGUGCAUCUGUCUAUCAAUUUCCUGGUGUCGCUGUUGAAAAAGCACUGGCAGAACGUCAGGUCCCUCCACAUGAAAUCUACUAUGGGACCCCCCCAGAGAUUGUACUAAGCAGUAAUAAAUAUUGACUUGUA